AUGGCGGAGAGAACGAAAAAGUCAGAGCGGACCACCCCGGCGAAGACAAAGAGGAAGAAAGGAGGGAGGGGGCGUGCAGCACCGUACAGAUUCAACGAGGUGGAGGAUCUGUUGAAGAGGGCAAGAAUGAGAAUUGCCGACUUUCUGAUGAAUUCUUUUAUAGACUGCAUCAAAAUGUACGGAAAUUACGAGAUUGUUCAUGAGAUAUACAUGAGUGCGUCCAAAUUGGGCAUAACUGUUGAUACCUGUUGCUUUAAUAUUCUUAUAAAGGGCUUAUGUCAACAUAAUAGGCUAGACGCGGCGUUUGCCUUAUUACAUGAACUACCAAAGCAGGGAUUGGAACCUAAUGCUACCACUUAUUCGACGCUUAUGCAUUCUCUUUGUAAAAAUGGUAGAUUAGAUGAAGCAUUUGCGGUAUAUAAGAGAAUGGAAAAUGAAGGUAUUGAUCUUGAUACGGUAACAUUUAAUGUAUUGAUUAGUGGCCUUUGCAGGCAAGGAAGGGUGGAUGAGGGAUUGAAUCUGCUAAAGGAAAUGAAGCUGAAGGGGUGUUACCCUAAUUCAGGAACUUAUGAAGCACUUCUUUGUGGGUUUCUUGGCAAAAAACAGUUUGUGAAGGCUAAGGACUUUAUGGAAUUUAUGAUCUCUCAAGGAAGCAAACCCAGUUUUUCAUCAUACAAACUGAUUAUUGAGGGCCUAUGUAGUGAAGACAGUUUGGAUGAUGCUUAUUCUGUACUAAAGCAAAUGGUGGAACACGGAUUCGUUCCUCGAAUGGGCACUUGGAAGAAGAUUCUUACAUGCAUGUUUUAG